UCCAAAAGUCAACCGAAAUACCAUAUUAAAAUAUGGGAGCAGAACAAUGAUUCCAAAAUCCUUCCAAACACAGCCCAAUAUUCUUGAAUAUGUUUUGACCAGUAGCGACAAAAGCAAUCAAACAUCCAUGUAAGCGAGCUACACAACAAUCGAGAGGCAGAGAGAAAGAGAUAGAGCUCAAGGUUAGGGUUUGCUUGCGUCUCUAUGCCAGAAGGAACCGACUCUCGUCUGAGCUCUCGGUGCCAUUCCUCUUUCAAGAUAAGUCUGACGAUUCACUUCCUCAAAGGUAGUGAAAUGCAUGGAAAUAGACUAAUUUUGACAGGGGAAAAUGUUUUCACUGUCCAAAAGGAACUACUUGGCGAUGUUUCGAAUGGUAAUGCUAGGAAAAUGAAGCUUGGAGGAAGAAAAAUGAUGGCGGGUGAAGUGCCAAGGAAAGAGAUUGAGAAAGAAGUGAAUGGAGAAGCAUCAAAGAUUUCAGGAACGGAUACAAUUGCUUCAAUGAGAACUGGAAGAUUACAAGAUCACUUAAAUGUUCAGAACAAUAACCCAAUGUUUGAGCCAAACACAUUGAAACCAGCAAGCUUGGGAAUCACAGAGAAGGAGCCAGUCCAGUUUGCAAGUACCAAGCCACACCAAUUUCAAGAUUCCAAGGCAGUUUCCACUAGUGGCACUUUGAACAGCUCUUCAAGGCCUAAUAAUAAACAAGUCUCUCAAGAUCAAAAAGAUGAAUCACAAGGGUUUCUUGAGGCAGAUGUUGAAGUUGUGAACAUGACGAGUAAGGACUAUGGUGGAAUGGAUAAUCCGCGGCGCAAGCCACCAAUCAACAAUGACAAGCCUAAUGAUUAGAUUAAGAUCAAUAUGGUUCAUAGCCAGUUAGGUUUUGGCUCACAAUUUUGCCCCCCCUUGUAAAAGUGAAGUCUCCUAACAGUAUUUAUAGUUUAAACAAAUUAACAACUAUAUAUUGUUUUGUUUUUUGAUGGGUCAUAAAGACAGGCACAAUGAUAGAAAGAAACAAGUUUAGUGUUGUAUAUUAAGUGUAUGCCUUCAUGGCUUCAUAAGUCUUUUACUUGAAGUUAAGCUAGUUUUGUGCAGUCAUAUGUAUAUGCCUUUACUUCAAGUUAAGUUGUGAUGUGAGCAUCUUUUUUGUUUGGAUUGAAAAUGAUUUCCUUCAGUGUAAGAAAAUGA